AAACUUAAUGCUGUCAGCGCUCAACAGUGGUGAAAUCAUUAAACGAAUUGCGUACCACUACAUUUGAUGCAAAUAACUUUGACGUAUAUUCCGUUUAUGUUGCAAGUUUUCUCGAAAAAAAAAACAAUAUUUAUGUGUUAAACGUUUAUGUGUUAUGGUUAUUGUAUAUAAAAUAAAUUAUGGAAACUCCUGGAUCUCGGGCACUCGAAGCUGCUAAAAAUCUGAAUGACUUGGCGAUUUUUAAAAAACCAAUUGGUGUUGCAAAGAAAAGUAAACACAUUCAUUCGAAAAUUUUAGACGAAGAUACAUAUAUUGAAAAAAUGGGAGAAAUUAUACAAAGAGAUUUUUUCCCACAUCUUGAAAAGCUUCAAGCUCAGAAUCAAUAUUUGGAUGCGUUAGAACAAAAUGAUGUGAAAAGAAUGAGAGAACUUUAUGAGAAAUAUAGUUCUGGUCGACCUGCUACGGAAAGACCUGCCAGUCCAGCUACAUUUGAAACACCAAUACGUAAGGAUGAGUCAGAAGAUGAACAGUUUAGAUCUAUAAAAGUGACCAGAGAUAUACCUUGUAAAACUGAGUCAAAGGAGAAAGAUAUAGAAGAUAGAGUAGGUUUAGAUACAUUUUUAAGUAUUAAUACUAGCGAGGAUAAUGCAAGUUUUGAAGAAAUGAUGGUUGAAGCUGAGAGAAGACGUAAAUUAAAAUAUGCAUGGCUUUAUGAAGCCGAAGAAAAAUCAAAUUUACUUACUGUAGAAAAAUCUAACAACAGUUCUUUAGCCAUUGAAAAUGAAAAUAAGAGACAACCGGUAUUGGACACUUGGAAUUACAAGAAUAAAAAUUAUAUUAUGUAUAUUCCUGAUGGUGUAGAAUUAACACCGGAUGAAAAGGUAGAUUUAGCGAGAAGAAAACAAAUGGUAAUGCAUGAGAAUACACGACUGAGAAUGAAUCCAUUCAAUGAACAACAGAAUAAAGAAACUAUUAAUGAAUUGGCAAAACAUCAGUCAAAAGUUAAUGACGGUAAAAUCGGGGUAGAUGGAAAGGAAGUUGUAAAGAAUGCAGGACCAACGGUGAAUGGAUAUAGUUUUGUAGCUACACCUAGUCCUCGACCAGGAGAAUGUGAAAGUCCAUUGAUGACAUGGGGUGAAAUUGAAGGAACUCCUUUUAGGUUAGAUGGCGGUGAUACCCCAUUAUUGAGAACUAGUCAAGGUCCUUCGUUCAGAAUGGCAGAACCACCAAAAAGAGAACAGAUCGCUUUACAAUUAGCUGAGAAAGCCGGUGAACGACAUAGAGAUAGGAAGAAUAAAGCACUCGAAGCAGCAAGAAAAUCAUUGGCGACACCUUCUCCAAGAUCGACCAUCGACCGGUUAAGUACAAUGUCACCUGCUGCAAGAAGACUGGCAACUCAAAAGCUUCGUAUUGCGCAUACUCCUUCACCCCGAAGAGUUUCUUCAUCGAGAACACCCUCUAUAGGUAUUAGGACACCGACUACACCUAGGGCAAAUACACCAUUAAAACGUGACACAGAUUCAACAUCGGAAAGAAGUAAUGGUAGUAGUCGAAGAUCGGACGGUCCUGUUCUAACAGACAAUUUACUCAAUUUACCACCGCAAAGACAAAGGGCUUCUGAUUUCUUUAAUAAGUGAAUAAAUAAAGACAAAUAUGUGGAUUUAAUACCGAUGUUAUAAACGAUAUUUUGCAUACUGCAAAUAAAUAAUAUUACCAUAUUGGUGAAUAUAGAAAAUGUACGAACCUUGUAAAUACGAACUUUAAUAAUAAUAAUAAAAUUAUUGUAUAAUAGCGAUUAUUAUAAAUUAAUACUAUGUAUGAUAAACAACGAAAUAUAAUGCUUUUAAUUUUUCAA